UGUUGCUGGCAGGAAAGGACGCGAGAAUGGCGAUACAACAAACGUUUGAAGACCUCAUGGCAGCAAACGACGAGUUUCGGACCGCCUUCUGGCAAGGUCGAGCAAGAAAGCCGACCAUUCGUCUCUUGGAGAAAGGCACCUUUACAGAAUAUCGCAGGCAGAAAUGCGACAAAACAAACAUAUCUAUAUCGCAAGUGAAGGUUCCUGUCGUCUUAUCCGACCAAAAGUUUAGGGAAUGGUUCCUGGAAAGAGUAAGGAUUGAGCUGUAAGGGAUCCCAAACUUUGAUCACCAGACCCGAUCAUUGCAUAGAUAUAUUGCAGACUUAAAAAUUUUAUGGCUCAGGCUCUUUUUACCCGAUUUCUCCUAGCUACCCAAAUACCACAGUCGCUCACCCUGUUCUGCUCCUCAGGAGACAAAUAUUCCCUGAAGCUGCAUACCACACGAACUCAAUGAUAGCAAGGAUGAAAA